AUGUCAAGGAAUGAUCGACUUUUCCUAGAGAUUCCUCGAAUGCCCAUUCAAGACGUACCGCUAUGGAAGUCUGAGGACGAAAGCUUAGAAUUGGAAAGUCCACAACUCCUUAUCCCUCCCAGUCCUCAAACUCGACCACCAUCCUCCCAAGGUGACGAGCCAGUUUUGAACAAAAGCAUCACUUGGCCUUCUGGGCAAGCUGAUGACUUCCAAAGGCUUGGUCCUGAUACGCUCUCUGUACCAGACCAGCAAGAAGAAGACGAACGCAAUGGGAUCGAAUCUUUAUCUCAGAGCAGAAGAUCACUGACUUUAGGUGGACCCAUCAUAGCUUCUCAGACCAAUGCUGGACCUAGUGUGCUUGACGAGAUUGCUUUCUCCAACAAUCUACCUAAAUUCCCGUCUGCCUACACAACUUAUCAAAGUGGAGAAGGUCCUCAAAUCAAUCCUUCACAAAUAGCAGAACUGGACACCUUGGCUUCGGCUAUCUGCCAGAAUCACUUCUUUUUGCAGAAAAUCGCUGGCGCUAGGGUUAGUGAUCUAUCGAUGGAAGAGCAAUUUGCAUUGGGGAUCAACAAAUCUAUCGCUGUCGAUAAUCUACCUCAAGAUGAUGAUACGAAGCGAUGGACAGCACUUUGGGAGAGUCAAAAGACCGCAUUAGAAGGAUGA